CAUGUUUCAAGUCAAUUUCAACCCAAGACAUUUGCCUCUUGAAAUUGUAAACAGCGGCAAUGAGAAAGUGAAAAUAGUAUAUGUCUCCAAAGAUGAGGAAGUUGUUAGAGACGACGAUAUUACGCAACACGUCUUGAACACAAAACACACAAACAACUUAAAGAAGAAAAUAACAAAACUUGAAGAUAAAAAUCAGAAAUCGUUUGAUAACCUCGAACUUAUUAAAAGUAUUAAAAGUAUUAAAAAUAAAGAAAAGGGCGAUGCUAUUGAAGAUUUUUUUAAAUCGCAAAAUGCAAAGACACAAGAAUUUUUAAAAGGAAAUAUUAUGAGCACAAAACACAUGAAUUCCGAGGAACAAAAAUUUCUUUUGACACUCAAAAGGAACGAGAACGAGAGCGAUAUAAUUAACACAGACACUCCAAAUACAUCAAAUGAGAAUAAAGAAAACAACGAACACACCAAUGUCGUCUUUAAAGGACUUUUCCUCAUCACAAUGAACCCUUCAGAAAGUCUACCCAGAUAUUUGUUCUCAACAGCAGACCCUUCACAAAUCGAGUUUCAAACACUCAAAGCCGGUCUUGUCGAGUUUAAAGAGUGUGCGAAGAACACGUUCAUCUACUUUUUCUUUCCAAGCAGCGGGUUUAAACCCACGUGCGCAAGUGACGGGAAAACACGUGCAAAUUUGAAGAAGGAGAUUUACAAAGACACUGCAGACGACUACGACGUGUUCGAUUUGGUCAAUGGCAAUUACUCCAUACAUACCGUGCCAAGUCAGUACACAAUUUCAGUCAAAACCAAAAUCGGCAAUUUUAUAAACAUCGAAAAAUUUGACUAUAACAACGUCAUUCAAAUCUUCAACCAAGAAACUUUGAUCAUGAAAUACACAUCUCUCUCGGGGGGUCCAUUCAAGUUAUCAACAUUUUUAAAUAACAACGGGGAAGUCGUCGUGUAUGAAGUCUCGGACACAAUGCCUGUUUAUUCUUUUCAAAAGAAUUACCAACAGAUUUUACUCACGCGCCCGACUCGGAAGACAACGACUAAUGUGAGAACGUGUGACGUUUCGUAUCUGACAUAUAACACAAGUGCGGCUCCACUCCUCGCUUCGACGUGUUUGUCGUGCAACGACAAUUAUUCGAUGACGACUUCAGGAACGUGUGAAUGUCUUUACAAUGACGUGUUAGGGAAAUGUUCGCUCUUGAACUGCGAGACGUAUUUAAAUGGCAAAUGCCACAUGUGUGGGAACGCCUAUUAUUACGACGUAGCGACGGACUCUUGCAAGAAAUGCGGUUUAAAGUGUUCUCAAUGUAAAAUUUCGAAUUCGUGUGAGUUAUGUCAAAGGAAUACGGGUGUCUACAUUUUUAAUGGUAAAUCGGCGUGUGCGGAAAUAGAUUGUUGUGCGUCGUAUAUCUUGAGCAAGUGUAUUAAAUGUCUGCCUGGCUAUUUUCUCAUCCAGGGAAAGUGCGGGAAUUGCAUUCCUAAUUGCGCGGAGUGCACUUACUUUGACAAUUGUGACUUGUGUGAUCACAAUUAUAUGUACAAUGGAACGGCCUGUGUGUUACAAAACAAGACAACGAUACUAAACCCCAGUUUUGCAGCAAUUUCAUGUGACCCAAAGUACUGUGGCAAGGAUUCAAUGUGUGUGGAAUGCAGUUCACUGUUUUCCGAUUGCAUUGAAUGUAACAGUGAAAGUUGCUUGCAGUGCGAUGCGAAGACGAUAUUGAAAAAUGGGAAAUGCAUAGUGGAGAGUGUGUGCACGUCCAUUUCAUUGAAUUUCUGCUUUUGUGGAAUGUCUGAAAUAUCGAGUGGUGAUAAGUGUAUGUCCCCUCUCGAGAAUUGUGAUAUCCGUUCACUCGACUCCUGCAAGCAAUGCUUUCCUAACUACAAUUUGACAACAACCAAAACCUGCACACAAGACCCAAUAGAAGAUUCCUGUCGCAUUCCAAGUGAAAUUGGGUGUCUUUCCUGUAAACAAGGGUAUUACAUCACACCGGAUUUAACAUGUGAAACGUGUGACGAAAAAUGCACCACUUGUAUUGCAAAGAAUUUUUGUCUUACCUGUCCAGGGGGGAUGUUUGUCUCGAACGGGGUUUGUAAACAAAAUGGCAAUUUAGAGGGGAAAUGCAAAACGUUUUCUGUCAAUGGGGGAUGUGCGCAGUGCAAAGAUGGAUAUUUCCGAGUUGGGUUUGACUGUGAGUUAUGUUCCGAAGAGUGUGAGACGUGUUUGAAUAACAAGUCAUGUCUUAGUUGUAAUAAAGAUUAUUGGAUGAGUGAGACCAAUGAGUGUAAAUCCAAGAAUGGGACGUAUGGGUGUGCUGGUGACAUUACAACUGAUCGGGGGUGUUUAUUGUGUAUUGCUGGGUAUUAUUUGAGUCAUCGAGAAUGCCAAGUGUGUUCCUCUUCUUGUAAGACUUGUAUAGAAAAUGUCGUGUGUACGAGUUGUGAUCCACUCGAUGUGUACAACGACAAGACGCAUACAUGUCUCUUGAUGAGUAACGUGUCCGAGUGUUUAAAAGUAGAAGACUCCAAAUGUACCAAAUGUAGUUUCUGGUAUAGUGUGGAUGAGUCGGGGACGUUAUGUGCGACACAUGCAGUGUGGUGGGUCAUCCUAUUAGUAGUGUUGUUGACUCUAGUUGUUGUGUCCAUUCUUUUAUUCUUUGUUCUGAAGUUAGUGAAUUACUUAAUUAAAGAGUACCAGACUCACCGUCGCGAGAAGAGUGUGUGUGUAUUCAAGAUGAGUCGUUCGAAUGUCAAUUUCAACAAUUUCAUAUCGCCAGGGAUAUUUUCAAAUAAGAAGAAAUUGAGUUUCAAUGACGACGAUGAGAAUAUUAAAGUGGGGGAUUACACCCGCGAGUUGAUCUGUUUUGGUAAUAAAAACGCUUUCACUGUUAAGCUUCAAAUCGUCACCAAAUCAACAGCAAUAAAGUACCAACUCAAAACACUUCCCCAAAUUAUUACACUGCGAAAGGAUGAAGCGUGCGAGUUCGAAGCUUUUGUGAAGCCAAGAUGCACCUGCAAAAUCGCCGACUUCAUUAAUGUGACAAUUUUGGUCUUAAAAAGUGGAGAGACGUUUUCUGUUGAAUUUCCACUGACGUUUGAGACGGAGGUCUCGACGUAUUUGGACCCCGACGAGAUCCUUCGCGAGAAAAAAAUAGGGGAAGGCGGGUUUGGUGUUGUCUACAAAGGGAGAUUUCGAGGGAGUUUAGUAGCGAUCAAGAAGAUGAAAGAGAUCUACAGCACACAAGAAUUUCUUGGUGAGUUUGAGAACGAGAUGUCGAUGCUCGACAAAUUCCGAUGUGACUAUAUCAUCCACUUUUAUGGUGCGUGUGUGAUUAAGAGCGAGUUCUGUUUAGUCACUGAAUAUGCUGAAUAUGGCAGCUUGAAGGAUUUUAUACUCAAAGAGAGUGAAACCAAAAUAUCCAAACAAAUGAAGAUUAAGAUAUGUAUAGAUGCUUCAAGAGGAAUUCAGUAUUUACACUCAAAUGGGAUCUUACACAGAGAUGUUAAACCAGAUAAUAUCUUAUUAGUGUCACUGGAAUAUAACCUUAUCGCUAACGCUAAACUGACCGACUUCGGGACAAGCAGAAACAUUAAUAUGCUGAUGACUAAUAUGACAUUCACUAAAGGCGUUGGUACUCCUAUUUAUAUGGCGCCUGAAAUCUUAUUGAAAGAGAAGUACAAAAAGAGUGCAGAUAUCUACUCCUUCGGAAUAACGUUAUUCGAGUGCUUUGGGUGGCGUGAGGCUUACCCAGUCGCUAUGUUCCCAUACGCAUGGAAUAUAGCAGAGUUUGUAAGUAACGGGAAUCGUUUGCAAAAGCCCGGGAAUAUGGAAGACGAGAUCUACCAGAUAGCCAGUAAAUGUUGGCGACAAGACAUGAAUCAAAGAGUUGAAAUUGGGGAAGUUGUAAAAUUGCUUGAGGGCUAUUAUUCUACUUGUUAA